UUGAUGGUUAUAUAUAUAAUUAAUGUUCUAUUGAAAACUUCAUAAUCAACUGUUUUCAUCAACUACUCCAUCAACAAUAUCAAUAUGUUGGCCAUAUCCCCUGCUUUGUUCUCAACAAUUGGAUGGCCCUUUGAGGAGACCAUAAGCCAUAAUCACCAUCUGAAUCACUUCUACAAAGACAGUAGUACUACUACUGAUCAAUUAUUUGACAUUAAUUAUCAAGUUGAGGCUGAAAAUUCAACUGAUCCGUCACAAGCAACAAGCUGUGACCUUAGUAUGGUCAAGAAGCUUGUCCACAAUGCUAGUGAGCGCGAUCGCCGCAAGAAGAUCAAUAAUUUGUAUUCUUCAAUUCGUUCUCUUCUUCCAGUUUCAGAUCAAAUGAAGUUGAGCAUUCCAGCAACAAUUACGCGAGUUCUAAAAUACAUACCGGAGUUACAAAAACAGGUGGAAGGACUAAUUAAGAGAAAGGAAGAGAUCUUAAUGAGAUUUUCUCCUCAAGUAGAUGAGGUUAUGAUUAGCAAAGAAUCUCAAAGGAAGAAGCAAAGUUACAAUUCUGGUUUUGUAGUUUCAACAAGUAGACUUAAUGAUAGUGAAAUUACUAUUCAGAUUUCAUGUUACACUGUCAACAAGAUUCCAUUAUCUGAGAUCUUGCUCUGUUUAGAAAAUGAUGGCUAUUUCCUGCUGAAUGUUUCUUCUUCUCAGACAUUUGGAGGGAGGGACUUCUAUAAUUUGCAUUUACAGAUGGAUAAAUCUCAGAGAUUAGAAUCCAAUAUUCUAAAUGAGAAGCUCUUAUCAUUAAUGGAGCAAAAGUGAAUUUUCAAGUCAAUGAAAAUUAGUUACAUUGAUUUUAAUUUAUAAUGCUGAUCAAAUGAACGUCUAUGAUGUUGGAAGCAAGGGACUGAGGGAGUAAUUAAUUUAUAACACAUUUCCACAAUAUGUGUAUUGAUCAUCACAUUAUAUAGCUGGUAGAAGGAGGGUAGUGCAAUGUACCAAAAAAAAAAAAAUUAAA